UACGGAGACCGAGAAACUGAAAGAUUGCACAUGCCGUGUAAGUGACUCAAACAUUUGGUAGGACUUCCGAUUUGUUGAGCGAUCAUUUUUUCUUUUUGCCUACAUUCAAACUAAUCGACUGCCUCGCCAUCGCAUGUCCUUGUAUACCCCACCAGUUAUGGACCGCGCCAGCAUGAAAUGUUCCUUAAACUCAAUGAGCGUAGGGGUUCAAAUCAUCCCUUCCGCUGACGGCAGCGUCGGAUCCCGAAAAAGAUGACGGCCCACCCUCAAUCCAGAUUCUAGGUAUCAGCCAUUUCAUCCUUAGGGAGCAUGGAGCAUAUUGUGAUGUGUUGUUUCACGUGGUUAGUAUUGGCGCAUCUUUGGAACUUGGCGAAUACCAUUUCCAUACUUUCCAAACUGUUUUUUGACCCAAGUAAUUUGACCCGGAUUCGUCAUCCCGUUGCUACGCAGCUUACCUGUUACUCGAAGGCACUAGUAGGCCAUUUGGAUGCUCCGCUCUUCGCCAGUGUUAGCACAAAAUCCCCCGCAUCAACUUCAACCCCCUUGACCUACCGACAGUUGGUCGACCGCACGCAUCAAUAUUCCACGGUCGGUCUCUGUC